GUAUCAACAUGGCCGCCUGUUCAAUGAGACUGGUCUUUAUAUGUGGGAUUAUCGGAAUCCUUUCCGCCCUGGAGGGUGACAAUAUCUGUACACGCUCUGUAGCUCAAAAGGUUUCCUACAUAGAGACAAGAAGGGUGUCUUCAAGGAAAUGCAGCACUCCUAACGAUUGUAGAACUGUUUAUUCCCUGCAGAAAGUCCUCAAGUUUCGGAUUACGAACGCCGUACAGAGAUUUUGCUGCCCGGGCUUUAUACAGGAAGGGAACCGCUGUGUACUGAUCACAACACCAGCGCCGUCAACAACAUUAGCUCCCACUACAACUCAAACAUCAACCACAACAAACCCAGAUGACGUAAUAGACCCUAAUCCUAUAGAGGGCGCUUUAGAGGAAGCUGACGGAAAUGGCGGCGCUUUAUCUGAGGGAGCAGUCAUUGGAGUGGUGCUAGCUGUUAUUUUUGUCAUGGCCGCCGCGCUUGUCGGUCUCAUGCUCAAAAUACGCAAAAACAAGAAACAGGACAAGGAGGCAAUAAUCCAAUCAGAAAUGUACCGUGGACAGUCCAUCCACGAGAACGGUUUGGAUCCCGACCAGAACUCGGGAGGAGCCUUUGAAAACGACCUCUAUAAUCUUACAAACAACCCGCCUAAAGGAGAUACAUCAACACCGGAUAUGUACGAUCAACUUCAUCUGUAUGGGAACGCUGCUGACGAGGCAAGCCACGAUUACGAACGCCCCGUCAGGUCAAAAACGAUUGGGGGCGGUGCGGGGGAGUACUACAGCAAAGCAAUGCUACCUAAUCCUAGUUUUAAGUCAGAGGGACAUCAGACAGUCAAGUAUCAAAAUAAAGGCGACGUAUCGGGAAAAGUGAGGGUGUUCGAAAGGCUUGCGUCAAAUCAAUCAGAUGAUCAAACUUUUGGAAACAAAAUGCUUUAUUCCGAUGUCAGAUACUGAAUUAAAAAUAUACAUUU